CUUUUUUUUAUUAUUUUGGUACACUUUAGGCAUAGGAAGUGAAUCGAGUCAGCGAGCCUCCAUUCUCCAAUACCUUCCCCAUCACUUCAAUGGCCGCUGCAGCAGCUGCUUCUUCAUCCAGACCUCCCCAUAACCCUUAACAAUUCCAAACAAGAACCAGAAGAACCGCACAUCUUCCCCUCACGUGCUUCCCACCUCACGCGCCAGGAGGUACUCCGGCGGCGUUCCCACCAGCUUAGGCAACUGGCCAAAUGCUACAGCGACCACUACUGGGCUCUAAUGGAGGAGCUCAAGGUCCAGUACCGCCACUACUACUGGAAGUUCGGGGCCAGCCCCUUCAGAAGAAACGAUGUUGUUGAGCAAGAAAAUCAGGAGAGAGAAAGUGCGGCAGUUGAAGACGAAGACAACAAUGGUAGCGGGGGUACUUUGAAGAAUCGUCGGCGAUGUUCUUUCGUAGGGUGUAAAUUGAUGGCAAUGGCGUUGACGAGCUUCUGCCAUCUCCAUAUUCUUUAUGAUUCCAAGCAACAACUUUACAAGCCUUGCAAUUAUGUCAUCAAGAGCGCUCAGGCUGGACCUAUAACAUGUGGGAAGCCAAUUCUGAGAUCCAGUGCUCCAUCUCUCUGUUUUGUUCACUUUCAAAAAGCUCAAAAACAUGUCACCAUGACAUUGAAGAAGGCUGGCCUUAAUGUUUCAUCGUCAAGUAAGCUUGCACCUAAGUUCCAUAUAAUAGUGGCUGAACACGUGCGCCAAAUUCAAGCCAAAAGAAGAGCUUUACAAAAUGCAAACAGAAGCAAAGCCAAAGUGAAGGAAGAGACUGCGAGCUGAGCUUUCAAAUUAGUCGAUGUAGACAUAUAUACAAGUCAAAUUGAUGCCAGAAGCCAUAUUUUCAUAUAUAUUGAAGAAAAAUAUCAGUAGAAUUACACUCGAGUUUGGAUUUGGUCAGUAUUCACAAACCACACAAUUCAACUAAAGUAUAGAUGAGUUAUAGAGAUACUUAACAUUCAAAAUAAGCAAAUUUAUUAAAUCCAUAUUAUAGUUACUCUUUCAAAGUUUGAUUACUUCA